AUGGCCGCCUUUGGAAAAUUGUACACCUACCCGGGUAACCCCCGCUCAACUGCCAUCCGCGCAGUCGCCAAGGCAAACAAUGUCGAACUCGAGAUCGUCGAGACCGAGCCUGCCAAGGGUGUUUCUGCUGAAUACCUGAAGAUUAACGGGCUCGGCAAGGUCCCAACCUUUGUUGGUGCUGAUGGCUACACCCUCCACGAGAGUGUUGCCAUCGCAAUCUACAUCACCUCCCAAAAUGAGAAGACCACUCUCCUCGGCAAGACCAAGCAAGACUAUGCCACCAUCUUGAAGUGGAUGUCAUUCUUCAACACCGAGGUCCUCCCAACUCUCGGAGGUUGGUUCCGUCCUAUAAUCGGCCGUGAUCCAUACAACAAGAAGAGCGUUGAUGAUUCAGCCAAGGCUGCCCUCAAGGCUGUCGGUGUUGUUGAGGAGCACUUGCUUCACAACACAUACCUGGCAGGCGAGCGUAUCACUCUUGCUGAUCUCUUCGCUGCUGGUAUCAUCUCUCGUGGAUUCCAAUACUUCUUUGACAAGAAGUGGCGCUCUGAGAACCCCAACGUUACUCGUUGGUAUGAAACCGUCUACAACCAGCCCAUCUACUCUGCUGUUGUUGACAAGCUUGCAUUCAUCGAUGAGGCUAUCAAGUACACUCCUCCCAAGAAGGAGCAACCUAAGAAGGAGCCCAAGGCUGCUCCUAAGCCAAAGGCUAAGGAAGUUGAGGAGGAAGAGGAAGAGGCCCCAGCUGCCCCAAAGGCCAAGCACCCUCUCGAGGCUCUGCCAAAGGCUACUAUCCCUCUGGAUGAGUGGAAGCGCCAAUACUCCAAUAGCGACACCCCUGUUGCCCUCAAGUGGUUCUGGGAGAACUACAACCCCGAGGAGUACUCGCUGUGGAAGGUCAACUACAAGUACAAUGAUGAGCUUACUCAAAUCUUCAUGACAUCCAACCUAAUUGGUGGUUUCUUUGCCCGUCUUGAGGGUUCCCGCAAAUAUAUCUUCGGCUGUGCUUCCGUCUAUGGUGUCAAGGAUGACUCCGUCAUCGAAGGUGCUUUUGUCAUCCGCGGCCAGGAGGCUCUCCCAGCUUUCGAUGUCGCUCCUGACGUUGAGAGCUACGAGUUCACAAAGCUCGAUGCCAGCAAGCCAGAGGACAAGCAGUUCGUUGAGGACCAAUGGACCUGGGAGAAGCCAGUCAUCGUUGGUGGCAAGGAAUACCCAUGGGCUGACGGCAAGGUCUUCAAGUAG